AUCAGUCUGCAGCUUCCGCGGGUUGGAGCACAUGAUCUGCCGCAGCACACCGAAUCCUGCUCACCCUGCAGAGCCCAGGAGAACCGGGAAGCCAGGCCACAUUCCCAGGGACCCAACACAUGGUCUGAGAACCAAACACGGUAUGGUACACCAGCUGAAAGCAAAGCUGCAUGUGACUGAACAGAAGAUCGAUCUACAAUCACAGCAGCCUCUGAGUUCAGCCGACAAUUCAGACAGAGCUAAUCAAGAUGCUUCCCUCCUCCAACCACACAUCAGGAGGAACUUCAGAGGAGAAACACUGCAUCGUCAACAACCAAAUGGGUCCCUUUACUGUCCUCUACAUCCUCAUCCUCACUGUAGGUCUGCCUGGAAACCUGCUGUCCGUGUGGAGCUUUAUUCGAAGCAGCAGAACACAGCAGAGGCAGAGCACCAGCGUCUACCUGGUCAACCUGCUUAUGGCCGACAUCCUGCUGCUCUUUGCUCUUCCAUUUAAGAUCCUGAAGGACCUCGGGGCAGCACCGUGGAACCUCAUGGUGUUCCACUGCCAGGCCAGUGCCGUCAUCAUAUACAUCAGUCUUUAUGCAUCCAUCGCCUUCUUUGCCUUCAUCAUCGUAGACCGCUACCUGAAGGACCGGCACACGGCACAGUCUCUGCGGCUGCAGGAGGCCGGCUUCGCCUGGCUGCUGUCGAUGGUGGUCUGGAUUCUGCUGCUGCUCAUCAUGGUGCCCAACAUGGCCCUCCCCACAAAGGAGGUCCAGGUGGCGCAGUACCUCAGCUGUUCAUCGUUAAAGCAGGACAUCAGCCUCCACUGGCAUGCUCUGACCGUUUUCCUCAACACGGCCCUGUUCCUCAACACCUCUGCCGCCGUGCUCAUCUCCAGUGGCCUGGCCCUUAAAAGACUCCUGCGCAGUCGUGGCAACCCCAAACUGUGGUUCGAUGCCAGGCGGGUGGUGCUGAGCAUGACAGCCAUGGCACUGGCCUACAUGCUUAGCUUUGUCCCCUACCAUGUGGUGCGGACGCCGUACACACUGGCCCAGACCAAAGUCAUCAAGGACUGCCAGACCAAGAGGCAACUGUUUCUGGGGAAGGAGUCAACACUGUUUCUGAGCCUGAUGCACGUCUGCCUUGACCCGUUGCUCUUCUUCAACCUCGACGCUCCAUUUAGAGAAACAGUCAGGAGGCUAUUUCCCUGCAGCAGAAACCAGGCUGUUGAUGCAACGAUGCAGAAUGUGCAGGAAGUGAUGCUGCAGAAAGUUCACGCAAAGCAGGAUGCUGCAGUCUAAUCACAAUUAUAAGAAGAUAUUGCAGAAACAUGCAAAUGCUCCAGGAGAUCUUUCAUCCAGUCCAGCCCAGACGGGAUGUUUAUGGAAAGGAAGACUGAAUAUGGACAGAGGCAGACUUACUUCUUCUCAACAGGUUCAACUGAACUGGAAACAGUCAAAUGUCUUUAGUUUCAGAAAAUACAAAAACCACAACUUCAGGAAUGAACUGUUAAUAAACAUGGUGGGAGUUUUACCACAUCUUCACUUUGCAUUCAUUAAACAUUUAAUCUGCUCAGUUCCUUUCAGGGAACCGACUCAUCUCAUAAUGAGGGGCUUUAAAGGGGUUUAACUUAUCUUUUUGUUAUUUUUACAGUGGCUUGAAAAAGUAUUCACACCCUCCCACUUUGCCUCCCAAGCUGGACUUAAAAUAAAUUAUCUGACAGUU